CACACUUCUCACACUUUCCAUUACUCAAUAUAUGCACUAAACUCCUGGUGAAAUAAUCUGAAUUCUUGCCAUGGAUCGGUCCUCCUCUGUCAUAUGCUGCUUAAUUGCAUUCGCAAGCUGUUUUCAUAUGAUAAGCUGCAAUAUCACAUUCUUGUUUCUUUCAUGAAUAAAUUGGAUCCUGCAUUUUUAUUGCAUUCAUGGCAGGGCUUUAAUUGCUGCGAAUGGAGGGGAGUGGAAUGUAGCUGCCAAACCUCAAAUGUUGUCAAACUUCAUUAUUCCAGACAUCGCUGGUCUGAUGAGAGAAAUAGCACGCAGCAUUUAGAUCUAAGCUCCAAUUCUUUGAGUGGUGUUCUACCCAAAGGUCUAUUUGCCUUGCAAGAAUUGAGACAUCUAGAUUUGAGUAGGAACUAUUUUGAAGGUGAAAUACCAAAGCAAUUUGCCUCCUUGCACAAUUUAGCUUAUCUCAACUUGUCCAGGGCCCAGUUCAAUGGUUCAAUUCCCAUUUUUGGACCUAUCUGUUGCAGAGGUGGAUGAUUUUGGAAUUGAGUUUUAUGGGGAAAUGCACAGCCCUAGGUUAGUGUGGGCAGAAAAACUGCAAAAAUUAAAAUACUUGUCUCUUAGUGGAGUGGUGCUGAAUAUGACAGGAAAUCAAUUGGAAGCAUCCCUUUCUCAUCUCUACAAUCUCCAACAACUCCACCUUUUAGGAUGCAUGCUUUCAGGACACAUUCCCAAUGCUAUUCAAAACCUCUCAUUCCUCACCCACCUCCACUUGGGUUACAAUUACUUUGAAGGGCCGGUACCUUUGUGGUUAGGAAAUUUGACUACUUUGGUUUCUCUUUGGUUUAAUGAGUGUCCAUUAUUAAGUGGUUUGUUUCCCUUGAGUCUCUCUCGUCUGCCUACUCUAAAAGAGUUUACAUUAGGGGGAGAAAACUUAAUUAGUGGAAACCUAAGUCAAAUAUUAUGUGGGGAAUGGUCUCAACUCAAUGUCCUUUUUCUUUCAGGGUCUAAUAUGAAAGGAAGUAUGCCACCUUGUAUUGCAAAUAUUUCUUCUCUCAUUUAUCUUAAUUUGAGAGAUAUGAAAAAUAUGGAAGGCCCAAUUCCUUCUUCUAUUGGUAAUCUCUCUAUCUUGCAAACCUUAUUUCUUUCUAACAAUUCGUUGAAUGGAGAGAUUCCACCAUCACUUGGUAAAAUUCAAUCUUUGACUGAAUUAUAUCUCUCUUCCAAUUUUUUAACUGGAAAUAUACCUUCUGAGUUGGGCAAUCUUUCCUCUUUGGUGGGCUUAGAGCUCUCCUCAAAUUUCUUGAGUGGUAAUAUACCCUUCCAGCUAGGGGAACUAUCAUCUCUAGAUAUUCUUGGGCUUAGUGACAAUCAACUAAAUGGUAGCAUUCCUAUUUCAUUUGGAAGUCUUCCUAGUAUUACAAGUAUUUAUCUAUCUUUAAACAAUCUUCGAGGAAAUAUUUUUCUCAAUGUUUUUGAAAAUUUGACUAGGCUUGAUUCACUUGAUCUAUCCUACAAUGAGUUGACUGUCAUCAUCAAACCAGAUUGGGUGCCCACAAUUUACUUUGAGCUUCUAUACUUAGCUUCAUGUAAUAUUGGGGGUAUUGUUCCACCAUUCCUUUCCACACAGUAUAGAUUGUUUGUGUUGGAUCUCUCCAAUAAUAGUCUAUUUGGAAAUAUUCCAGAUUGGUUAGGGAUGCUUCCUUCUUUGGGAAGUCUUAACUUGUCAUACAAUAACUUGCAAGGUCAUGUUCCCUCCAACUUGAUGAAAAAAUAUCUUCAGAAUGUGGACUUACAUAGUAAUAUGUUACAAGGUGCUCUUCCUUUUUCUUCAGUACCAACAUCAAACAUGGAACUAUUGGACUUGUCUCAGAAUAGAUUCACAGGAUUUAUUUCAAUGGAUAUUGGCAAUCUUCUACCAGCAAUUCGGUUUUUGUCAUUUUCAGCAAAUGAUCUAAGUGGUGAUAUACCUUCUUCAGUUGGUCUUCUGCAAUAUUUGGAGGUUUUAGAUCUCUCAAACAACAAAUUGUUUGGUAAAAUACCAUCGAGCAUAACUAAUUGCUCUAGUUUAACAACAUUAAACCUAGCAAAUACUGGUUUAAUGGGAGAGAUACCAUAUCAUAUGGGAAUGUUAAGUGAACUUAGUUCACUUCAUCUUGAUGGCAAUAUGUUGAAGGGAAACUUGCCAUCAAGCCUUAAAAAUUGUUCUAGCUUGCAAAUUUUAGAUUUGGCUAACAAUCUCUUUUCUAGGAACAUACCAUCUUGGUUAGGCCAGUUCUCUGAAUUGAUGAUACUUGUUUUGAGGUUAAAUAAAUUUGAAGGGCACAUCCCACAUCAAUUGAGCAAUUUGUCAAGCCUCCAUGUUUUAGACAUUUCACAUAAUGGUUUGAUUGGUUAUAUCCCACCACAAUUAGCAGCAUUGAAAAGUAUGAGGAAUUCUACAGCGGGAAGCUCACAUGACAAUGAUGGUAGCUCCUAUUAUUACAAAGAAGAGAUACAAGUGUUCAAUAAGGGAUUAGAAAUGGUGUAUGUCAGUUCAGUGAUGCUAUUUAUAACCUGCAUUGAUCUAUCUGUAAAUAAUCUAACAGGUGAUAUUCCUUCAGUAAUUGGGAAUCUUAAAAGUCUCCACACAUUGAACUUAUCAGAUAAUGGUCUUACAGGAGAGAUUCCAAGAAGCUUUGGAUUACUUACAGAGUUAGAGUCACUUGAUCUCUCAAACAAUAAACUGCAUGGAAGGAUUCCAAAUGAAAUGCUACAAGUUUCCUAUCUGAGUUUUUUCAUUGUAUCUAACAAUAGGCUUUGUGGAAAAAUACCAGAAGGAAGACAAUUUAAUACAUUCAAUUCUACUUAUUUCAGUGGGAAUCGUGAUCUUUGUGGAUUCCCAGUUAACAAUAAAUCAUGUAGAUGUGGAGAGAGGUCAAAUCCUAGCAUACCAACUCCUCUUCUUAAGAAAGAAGAUGAUGAAGGAGAAGGAAUUCCAUGGCAUUGGUAUGUAGAGCGGAUGGCAAGUGUUUCUAUUGGAUUUUGGGGAGUGUUUGGAAUCUUGGCUACAAAAAGGAAUUGGAGGAGAAGAUUCAUUCAUGUAUUAGAUGAGAUGGCAAUUAGUUUAUUGAGUAGAUUGACAAAUAGAUAA